GGCGACUGUCAGCGAACUCUCCAUGCACCAGGCGACGGCGCAUAAGCUGGAGAGCGAACGCGACGACAUCUGCGAACGGGCGCUGACCGCGCGGGACCGCUUCCAGAACGGGGAGCCGCCCACCGACACGGCCGACGCAGAGUUCGAGAGGAUGCUGCAGCUGGAGCGGCAGAGGGAGGUCGACAGGCAGGCGGCCAUCCAGCGGAAGCAGGAGGAGGACAUCGUCAACAGCAACUUCACUCGCACCACUGCGGAGCCGCGCGUGAACGCCUACAUCCCCGAGAACGAGCAUGGCCUGCCUAAGGCCUACGGCAACGCGGCUCCCUUCAAGCCGACUGUCGCAGGCACCAACAUGCGGCACAUCCGGAAGCCGAACCCCAAGCCGAUCGAGCUGUGACGGCCGGGUGCCUCUGGCGCAUGUUGCUCUGGCAUUUCACCUCGCUGUCGGACUGCGCUUUCUGCCCUUGCCCCCCUUCCUCAUCGUUCCUUGCUCCUUCCUUCCCUCCUGCGGGACCCCGUGCCUGCCAACCAGGCAAGCCCACCGCGCCGUGUGUCACACCGGGCUGCUCCUGCGCCUGAGCGCGUUCUCUCCGCCUCCGGCCGGCCCCCCCCCCCACUGGGGCAGACGUAGUCUGCGGGCCGCCGGAGCGCUGACCUGCCGGGAUCGCGAAAGAGCCGGCGCCUCCGGCAAGGCUUCGGCAGGCUCUCCCGGGCACCGGGACCACUUGGGUGGCCGUCCGUGUGACCCGUUCUUCUCUUCCUCCUCCUCCUCCUCCUCC